GCAUUGUAAAUGGCAGCACUUUUUAAUAAAUUAUUUAAUUUAUCUUUAGUGGCUAGACACUAUAUAAAAUCGAAAUAUUAUGUUAAAAGUUUACUCACGGAUCUUGCAACAGUCCUCCAGACGUUCCUUAACACUCUCCGCCCGCCGCCUUAAUGAAAUCACCAAUGAGAACGAGCCCCGAGAGUCUGCCGUACUAAAGAAAAUCCGCGAGGAACAAAUGCGUGACAAGGCUGCCUUAAAAUGGCGAAAAACUAAUGAGGAAUCCGGAGAUAUUGAUACAAAACUUAAGUAUUUUGCCAAUAAUGAACAAAGCUCGGACUUUAUAUUGCUCAUGCAGAAGCCUUUGGAACUUAACCCCAAGAAGUGGAAGGACAUGUGGGACAAGAGAAAGGAAAAGAAUGAACGUCAUAUGCAAAAGUUCAUGUCCGAACGUCAUGAAAUUUUGGGUCCUGAUCUAGCAACAGCUCAUUUCAUUUUGCAUCGUGGUGGUUCGAUUAAGUUUGUCAAUGCCCAGCAAUGGACUCGGUCUAAUGAGGAUGGCGAUGUCAAAUUACCUAGUCGUUAUGAUGCCAACUUUAAACUGGAAGGCAUACGAUGUGACAAUAUGCGUUUAUUUUAUGAGGGAUUGGAAAAUAUACGCUGGCUGGAACACCUGAAAUUUGCCUCAUUUCAUAAUGUUCCCACUUUUGAUGAUUGGUGUUUGGAUCGCUUUUCCGGCUCACAAUGCGAUAAAUUAGAAGUAUUAGACAUAUCAGGAACGAAUUGCACAGUAAGAGGCCUCUCCUGUAUCUACCGCCUGAGCAACUUACAACUUUUAAUUGUUAAUGAUCCCAAGGAAACUUUGGAAUAUGAGUUAACCUGUGCCAUGCUGGAGGAGGCUUUGCCCAAACUGAAAAUUGUCAAUUCAUUGUCUGUUCACAAUUUGCAGUAGUAUUUAAGAAAGUUUUGUAGAAAAGAAAGAAAAUGUAGCUAUUUACAAUAAAUUAUUAGCAAACAUUUAA